AUGUCCUAUUUGUCCGCAGAGCCUCGUACUGUCGAUUUCUCCAGGUUCUCCAGGUACAGACGAUGGCUCUUUCCUGCUCUGACGGCUACACUCCUCCUGAUUCUGAUCAUAGCUCUGGGAGCCAGCAACACGUCAACAUGGAACCGGCUGUGGUCCUCGGAGAAAAGUGUUUCUAAUCUGACUGAAUCACUGAGGGACACACAGCAGCUCACCAAAGAUACAGCAAAAGAAGUUUUGUCAAUGAAGUUUGCAGUGGAGAACAACAAGGACCAGCUGGCAUCAGUAUCAGAGGCACUGAGGCAGCUCUCAGCUCUGGACGCUCUCCGCAGGACGGUCGCCGAACUCAAAUGUUCUUUAGAACGCUUGGUCAACAACGGCACGACAGCACACGGCUGUUGUCCUCUGAAUUGGGAUUCUUUCGGCACCAACUGCUACUUAUUCAGUACCACGCCAUUAUCGUGGCACGAUGCCAGAGACUGGUGUAAUGGACACGAAUCUCACUUGGUCAUUCUUCUCACUGACGAGGAGUGGGAUUUUGUGACCCAGCGUACUGUGGGCUCCUUCCACUGGGUGGGUCUGACUGAUGAGAGGACUGGGCAGUGGGAGUGGGUCAACCAGACACCCUACAUCAUGAACCGGAGGAGGUGGAAACCUGGGCAGCCUGACGCCUGGACCCAUCAUGGUCUCGGUCCCGGGGAUGAAGACUGCGCUCAUCUUCAUUCUGAUGGACGUCUUAACGAUCUGCACUGCUCCAGCAAAAUGCGCUUCAUCUGUCAGAGGCACACCAUGAAGAACUAA